UUUGCAGGAAAACCAAUACAAAGAAAGAGUUAAAAUCACAAGAACAUGAACAUUUUGAUAUUAGCAUUAGUGGCUCCUAAAACAGUCAGGACAGCUUAAUUCGGGAAUAUAAGGAGACAUUUGAACCAACGACAUUAAGAUGAAGUGCCCGUAGGAAUCCAAUUUGUCUGCUCUUGCUAUGCCUUUAAAUGGCGUGUUUGGGACUAAGUAGUGGGCGGAACGGCGGAGCUCGUGAGUGAGAAUCUGGUGAUAGGCCAUCAGUCGCGCGGAGCGAAGUGCGCUUGGAAAUGUUCGGAAACGCACGCAGGCUCACAGAAGCGCCGCUGAGCAUCCCGCCUUGCUCGCUCUAACCUUCGCAUCACCCCAGCAUCACUGGCCAACUUACCUCUCGUGGACCUACACAAAUCUUUCUUUCUUUCACUGUGUGGACUUUACAGGCUGGAUUAGAAUGAUUGUCUUUUCCACGACGUAAAAUUGUUGUAUGAUCCGGGCAUCAAGGCGAAGGCAAUGGGGCAAUACUUCAGAUCUAAAUCCAACAUGGAGGCCGUGAAUUUUAACCCAGUCAGUCGUCUCAAAGGAAUGUCAUCUGACAAGCCACUCUAACGUCAAGUGAGCACCCCGAGACAAAGCCGUGCUCUCCUCAGUCCCAUUCACCCCAGAGGGAAUACAACUCUACCCCUGCUCCUGGAGUCUGGAUUUCACAGGGGGGAGUAUCUAGCCAUGUAAAUGGCCUCAGCGUACUCACAGUCUUUUUUUGUCCGCUGGAAUUGAUUCGAAGGAUUCCACUUCCAACACCCAAGCACAGAUGACGGGAAUACACUAGACGCACUUUACCUCACAUUCAAUCCCCUGUAUUGGAAAGGUGUUCCAUCAGACUCCCAGGAGUUUCAUAGUUGAUGACAUAUUUUUCUUUUUAAUACAAUGAAUCCACCCAGCUUUCCUCACUGCGUGUGCCUGGUGCUCUGUGGUCUCCUAGGCCUGGGCUCAGGCAUGGAGUUCCCGGGCUUGGAGGGCCAGUGGGCACGCUACCUGCGCUGGGACGCGAGCACACGCAGUGACCUGAGCUUCCAGUUCAAGACGCGGGCGUCCGAGGGCCUGGUGCUCUACUUCGACGACGGCGGCUACUGUGACUUCCUGCUGCUGAGCGUGGCCGAGGGCCGCCUGCAGCUGCGCUUCAGCGUGGACUGUGCCGAGACCACCGUCACGUCCGACAAGUUGGUCAACGACAGCCGCUGGCACUUCGCCACACUUAGCCGCCACAACCUGCGCACGCUGCUGGCGCUCGACGGCGAGACAAAGGCCGACGAGGUGCGGCCUGAGCGACAGUUCAUGAAGAUCGUCAGCGACCUGUACGUGGGCGGCGUGCCGCAGGACAUCCGGCCCGCCGCGCUCACCGUGCCCUCGGUGAAGGAGAUGACGCCAUUCAAGGGGAUUAUUACGGACCUGAGCUACGGGAACCAGGUGCCCACGAGGAUGGGCAGCGCAAAGGUGCGGCUGGAGAUGGAGGGCCUGUGCACGGAGAACCCCUGCGACAACGGAGGCAGCUGCACCAUGGCUGACGGAGAACCGUACUGCGACUGUUCCAGAACCGGAUAUGUAGGUCGAUACUGCAACGAACCUGUGGCAAACAGAAGCCCAGGUUUCGCACACAUGAAGGCCCAGCCAGGUAGAAGCAGAGCGCGUGAGGAGAACGUGGCCACCUUCCGCGGCUCGGAGUACUUCUGCUACGACCUCUCGCAGAACCCCAUCCAGAGCAGCAGCGACGAGAUCACGCUCUCCUUCAAGACGUGGCAGCGCAACGGCCUCAUCCUGCACACAGGCAAGUCGGCCGACUACGUCAACCUGGCCCUGAAGGACGGGGCCGUCUCACUCGUCAUCAACCUGGGCUCCGGGGCCUUCGAGGCCAUCGUCGAGCCCGUCAACGGCAAGUUCAACGACAACGCCUGGCAUGACAUCAAGGUCACGCGCAACCUACGCCAGCACUCAGGCAUUGGACACGCUAUGGUAAACAAACUACAUUGUCUGGUGACGAUAUCGGUGGAUGGCAUUCUCACCACCACGGGCUACACUCAGGAGGACUACACCAUGUUGGGCUCGGAUGACUUCUUCUACGUGGGAGGCAGUCCAAGCACCGCUGACCUGCCCGGCUCGCCUGUCAGCAACAACUUUAUGGGCUGCCUGAAAGAGGUGGUGUAUAAGAACAACGACAUCCGCCUGGAGUUGUCUCGUCUGGCUCGCAUCGUGGACCCCAAGAUGAAGGUGCAGGGCGACGUGGUGUUCAAGUGCGAGCACGUGGCCAUCCUGGACCCCAUCUCCUUUGAGACGCCCGAGUCCUACCUCAGCCUGCCCAAGUGGAACACCAAGCGUGUGGGAUCCAUCUCCUUCGACUUCCGCACGUCCGAGCCCAACGGCCUGAUCCUCUUUACCCAGGGCAAGCCCCAGGACCGGAGGGACGCCCGCGGCCAGAGGAACAACAAGGUGGACUACUUUGCCGUGGAACUCCUGGAGGGUAGUCUGUACCUGCUGCUGGACAUGGGUUCGGGCACCAUCAAGGUCAAGGCCACGCAGAGCAAGGUCAACGAUGGGAACUGGCACCACGUGGACAUCCAGAGGGACGGCAGAUCAGGCAUCAUAUCGGUGGACAGCCGCCGGACUCCCUUCACUGCCAGCGGUGAAAACGAGAUCCUGGACCUGGAGGGGGACCUGUACCUGGGCGGUCUCCCGGACAGCCGGGUGGACCUGGUCCUGCCCACAGAGCUGUGGACGGCCAUGCUGAACUACGGCUACGUGGGAUGCGUGCGCGACAUGUUCAUCGACGGCCGCAGCAACGACAUCAAGCAGAUCGCCCAGGCGCAGAACGGCUCGCAGAACGGGAUCAAGGUGUCGUGCAGCAAGCCCACAGGCAAGCACUGCGACUCCAACCCCUGCAAGAACAACGGCGCCUGCAAGGAGGGGUGGAACCGCUUCAUCUGCGACUGCACCGGCACCGGCUACUGGGCCAGAACCUGUGAAAGAGAGGCGUCCAUCCUGAGCUUUGACGGCAGCAUGUACAUGAAGGUGGUCAUGCCGCAGGUGAUUCACACGGAGGCUGAGGACGUGUCCCUGCGCUUCAACUCCCAGCGCGCCUACGGCAUCCUCAUGGCUGCCACCUCGCGCAACUCCGCUGACACACUCCGCCUCGAGCUGGACGGCGGACGUGUCAAGCUCACCGUCAACCUAGAUUGUGUCAGGAUAAACUGUAACUCCAGCAAGGGCCCCGAGACUCUGUACGCCGGCCAAAAGCUGAAUGACAACGAGUGGCAUUCGGUACGAGUGAUCCGGCGCGGUAAAAACUUGAAACUCAUGGUGGACGAUGAUGUGGCUGAAGGCCAGAUGGCGGGUGAUCACACCAGGUUGGAGUUCCACAGCGUGGAGACGGGCAUCGUGACGGAGCGCCGCUUCAUGUCCCAACCCCCGUCCAGCUUCAUCGGGCACCUGCAGGGUCUCAAGUUCAACGGCAUGCUCUACAUCGACAUGUGCAAGAACGGCGACAUUGAGUCGUGCGAGCUCAACGCACGCUUCGGCAUGCGUUCCAUCAUCGCCGACCCCGUCACCUUCAAGACCAAGGGCAGCUACCUGGGCCUGGCCACGCUGCAGGCCUACACCACAAUGCACCUCUUCUUCCAGUUCAAGACCACUACGUCCGACGGCUUUAUCUUCUUCAACAGCGGCGACGGCAACGACUUCAUCGCGGUGGAGCUGGUGAAGGGGUUCAUCCACUACGUCUUUGACCUGGGCAAUGGCCCCAGUCUACUGAAGGGUAACAGCGACAGCCCCCUCAACGACAACCAGUGGCACAGCGUGGUCAUCACCCGGGACUCCACCAACACGCACACCCUCAAAGUGGACACCAAGUCUGUCAGCCAAGUGGUCAACGGAGCCAAGAACCUGGACCUCAAAGGUGAUUUGUUUGUGGCUGGGCUCGGACCCAACAUGUACCAGAACCUGCCCAAGCUGGUGGUGUCCCGCGAGGGCUUCCAGGGCUGCCUGGCCUCCGUGGAUCUCAACGGCCGUCUACCGGACCUGAUCAACGACGCACUGUUCCGCAGCGGGCAGAUUGAACGUGGAUGUGACGUUGGUUUCACCAAAGCCGACCUCCAAGGCCCCAGCACCACGUGUCAGGAGGACUCCUGCGCCAACAUGGGCGUGUGCAUUCAGCAGUGGGAGAACUUCACCUGCGACUGCUCCAUGACCUCUUACACUGGCACACGAUGCAACGACCCGGGUGCCACGUAUAUCUUUGGGAAAGGAGGUGGCCUCAUUACGUACACGUGGCCCAACAACGAGAGGCCGAGCACCCGCACUGACCGCCUGGCGGUCGGCUUCAGCAGCACCAUAAAGGAUGGGAUACUGGUCCGCGUCGACAGCGCCCCUCGACUGGGAGACUACAUCAUGCUCCACAUUGAGGAAGGCAAGGUGGGCGUCACCUUCAACAUCGGCACUGUGGACAUCAGUGUCAAGGAGCCCUCCGCAACAGUGAAUGAUGGAAAAUACCACCUGGUGCGCUUCACCAGGAAUGGAGGCAACGCCACGCUGCAGGUGGACAACUGGCCAAUCAACGAGCACUUCCCCUCAGGCAACAGCGACAUUGAGCGCUAUCAAACGGCUAAUAAGAAAAUCCCGUUCAAAUAUACCCGGCCUGUCGAAGAUUGGCUACAUGAGAAAGGUCGUCAGCUGACCAUCUUCAACACCCAGGCCACCAUCUCCAUCGGCGGCAAUGACCGCAAGAGGCCCUACCAGGGCCAGCUGUCGGGUCUCUACUACAAUGGCCUGAAGGUGCUCAACAUGGCUGCGGAGGGCCACGGCAACAUCAAGGUAAAUGGCAGCGUGCGCCUGGUGGGCGACGUGCCCUCUGGCCGAGGCGGCACCCGCACCACGACCUCCAUGCCGCCCGAGAUGUCCACCACCUACAUCGAGACCACCACCACUCUGUCCACCACCACCACGCGCAAGCAGAGGUCUCCACCUACCAUCCAGACGACAGAUGACAUCGUGUCGUCGGCCGAGUGCUCCAGCGACGACGAGGACCUGGAGGAAUGCGACUCGGGACACGCAGGAGGGGAGUUAGUCAUCCCCAUUCUAGUAGAGGAUCCCUUAGAUUUCCCUCCUGUCUCCACCCGUGCUCCCUACAUCCCCCUCCCCCCAACCCUGCGCCCCGUCCUCACCAUUAUCGAGACCACCAAAGAGUCCCUGUCCAUUCCCACUGAGGCGGGGGUACCUUGCUUGUCGGACCGAGGCAGCGAUGAUUGUGAUGAUGAUGAUGGUGAUGAUGAUGGUGAUGGCUUGGUGAUAUCGGGGUUUGGCUCUGGGGAGGCGUUCGACUCCAGCCUACCCCCGACUGACGAUGAAGAUUUUUACACCACAUUCUCCCUGGUAACAGAUAAGAUCUUGACAACAUCGGCCUAUGAUGGCGGCUACAAAGCUCACGCGCCCAAGUGGGAGGCCAAGGACUUUAGGCCUAGCGUGGCUCCCGAGGUGGGCAGGACUACGGCCGUGCCCCCUGCGCUGCCCAACCUCCGGAGCACGGUGGGGCCGGCGGCACCGACCGCGCCCGGGUCCGCCACGUUGCCCGAGAUGCCGCCCAAAAUCCCCGCCGGCAAAAUGAACAACCGCGAGGUCAAACCCCCGCCGCAGCCAGACAUAGUCCUGCUCCCGCUGCCCACGUCCUACGACGCCGACGGCACCAAGCCCCGCGGCCCGCUCAUCACCUCGCCCAUACUCCGCAACGUGCCCAACCCUCUGCCUACCAUGCCGGGCAUCCAGCGGGUGCCCGCGGGCGCCUCGGAGGUCAUCCGCGAGUCCAGCAGCACCACGGGCAUGGUGGUGGGCAUCGUGUCGGCCGCCGCCCUAUGCAUCCUCAUCCUCCUCUACGCCAUGUACAAGUACCGCAACCGGGACGAGGGCUCUUACCAGGUGGACGAGACGCGGAACUACAUCAGCAACUCGGCGCAGACCAACGGAGCGGUGGUAAAAGACAAACAGCCCAAUGCCAAGGGUGCCAACAGCAAGAGACCGAAAGACAAGGACAAAGAGUACUAUGUAUAAAAAAAAACUAAUAAAUAUCUCAACAGUGAACAAAAAGAGCAGUGUGGUAAAAGAAAACAAAAAGAUGGAACUAAAACCUGAGAACAAUUGCAGUACCGCAUUGGGGAGCUAGGAUUUCAAAAUAAAAGCCCACUGAUGAACUCCUGAAACUGGUGAGUCGCAGAACAAUUAAGUACUGUGAUUUCAAGCACACUUACUAUGGUAAGCAUAUGGAGAAGGCGAAUAGGCACAUUCGGAACCUUUGUUACCUGUUACCGGUCGGUUGGUCUGGUCGCAGAAGUUGGCAGUGUAAAAUAUCUCAUUGUUACAUCGUUUAUCCCCGAGUGACUUUCAAGAGAUCUCUGAUCAUUGGGGUCAAAAGAAACAACAGCAACGGACCACAUAAAAAAAAGAAAAGUAAAAAAAAAAAAAAAAAAAAAAAACCUUGUCCAUUGUAACUCUGUAAAAUACAACAAUGAUCAUCAGCCAUUUUGGGCAUGCAUGUGAAAUGUGUGUGAUACAAUGCUGGCGUCUUUUGCAGAGAGGAAAGAACGUAUAAAGGAUUAGAACUGAUGUUAAACAAAAAUGCAAAGUGAGCACAAUUUGCCAUAAGAAAAAAAGCUCAAUUCCCAUUGGAGAAGAAUAUGAAGAAUAAGAUGCAGAGUGCGAUGAUCAAGUUGUCGCACUCAUUAUGUUCUUUUUUUCAGAUUUUUGUUUUUGUGUCUUGUUUUCACUAAUACAAAAGAGACUGUAUACUGUCAUGAAAGACACAACAGUGCUCAAUUUAAGUAUCAGCGAUGUAUCAGCUUGUCAGAUCUCUUUUGUUAUUCUCUUUCUAUUUUGUUGCAGGACUAGGGGGUCACUUUCUUUCCACUGGUCAAGAGAAAGGCUUAGAAAGCCACAAAAUGGCACCCAAAUUGAUUUGUUAUCAGAUAUGCCAGGUCAGAUCCAUCACAGAAAGAGGUUUUUUGGGGGUUUUAUUUAGGGGAAAGCGACAUUUCUUGAUAUAUUUUCUUUUUGUAUGUGUAUUUUUUUUAAAGCACUCGUCUCUGUAAUUUGCUACAUUCCGUAUUGCGUCACCCCCCUCCUGUCGUUCUGGAGCUGCUGCGACUGAAACUAUAUCAUUGUGUCUGUAGGAGGGCUGAAACAUCAAUGUCAAAACAAUACCACGGACGACAGUGUCAGGAUCCAAAGUGGAAAAAAGUGUGAAAUUCAUGUUGUCACAGUCAACUGUGUCAAACAACAGAUAUGUUUACAUAUUUUAUUACAUUAUUGCCGUUGUACUUUGUAGGUCAAUACUGUACAUAACAUUUGCGUUUUAUUGUUUUUUUUUUGUUUUUUUAACUUCUCUGUACAGAAAGAACAUCGGGCUUAAUUUAUCAGUGUAGUCCAUGACAAAAAAUUAUUCAAUUUUGGUGUGAGAUCAGACUCAAGCAAGCACUGCAUAUGGAUUUUUUUUUUUUAAAGAGCGGCAAAAUGUUGUUAGGUUAGCAAUCUAGUCUUUCUGGAUGGUGUUUCUAGUCGCAUGAAUAUUUGACUACUGGAAGCUGUCAAUUAUUAGAACAACGCGCUCCUAGGUUGUACCACGGCCUACGUAUCAUUUGUUACUUUGUUAUUUAUUUUUUUAUUUAAAAAAAAGGGGGUGAAGAAAAAUUUAAAA